CAGUUGGGAGAGGACAUUGUCUGACUCCUGAUCUCCAGGAAAUGAACGGACGGAUUAUAAUUAGGAAGAUUCUCCAUCUCAGCUCACUCCCCUCGGCUCCUAAUGACUCUAAACCUCUAACAGUGAGAGACAAUCCCAUUCCCUGAGAGGAGCUCAGCCGAGAGUGACACUGAUCUGAGAGACCCCGAGCAGCAAUGAACAGUUCAUUGGACCUGGAAGAGUAUUUGUUGGACUACAGCACUGGAAUUAACUCAUCGCUGGAAUUUGUACUGAUCUGCUUCCCAGAGAUCCACAGCUGGCACAUCUCAGGUCUUCUCAUGUUCUUCCUCUCGGUUGCUCUUGUCUCCAACCUGACGCUGCUGCUUGUGAUUGGCACGGAACCAAGACUCCACCACCCAAUGUAUUACUUUCUGGCAAUGUUAUCAUUCGUAGAUGUCCUCCUUUGCACAGUGGCUACUCCUAAAGUCCUGGCCAACCUUUGGAAUGAAGACAAGACUAUAAGCUCAGCAGCUUGUUUCACCCAGAUGUUCUUCAUAAACGUAUGGUCGGCUAUGGAGUCAUCUAUAUUCCUGGUGAUGGCGUAUGAUCGAUAUGUUGCUAUCUGCCACCCUCUACAUUACCCCACUAUCAUUACCAACAAACUUGUAGCCAAAGCGAGUGCAUUCAUCCUCAUCAGGAACCUUGUCUUGUCCUUGCCUCUUCCCCUACUAGCAGCUCGCCUUGAUUACUGCUCCCUGAGAGAGAUCCCUCACUGCUUCUGUGAAAAUAUGUCGGUGGAAAAGUUGUCCUGCAGCAAUUAUUCUGCCAGUAGUAUCUACGGUUUAGUGGUCUUCUUCGUAGUGGGAGGUGCAGACCUCCUCUUCAUCAUUUUCUCAUACUUAGUAGUCCUUAGGGUUGUGGUGGCUUCUCGUUCCUUCUCCGCUGCCUUCAAAGCAUUUAGAACUUGCAGCUCCCACCUUAUACUCAUCUGCUUUUUUUAUAUCACUAUUGGCAUCACAAUGGUUUCCAACCGAGCCGACAAACAGAUCCCCCGCCAUGUCCACGUAUUGCUCGCCCUCUUGCACCACCUUCUGCCCCCAGCUUUGAACCCUCUUGUAUAUGGAGCAAUGACAGAGGAAAUCAGGCACGCAAUCAGGAGACUUCUAGAGAGGAUCAAAGUCCAUCCUUAUCUUGGUGCUUAGAAUGGAGGUCAAUGAAAGACUUCUUGCUGCCUCUUGCACCACCUUCUACCCCAAGCUUUGAACCCUCUUGUAUAUGGAGCUAUGACAGAGGAAAUCAGGCAAGCACUAGGGAGACUACUAGAGAGGAUUAAAGUCCAUCCUUAUCUUGGUGCUUGGGAUGAGGUCAAUGAAAUACUUCUUGUUGCCUGACCAUGGUCUGGAGGUUAAAAUAUUUUACCUCAAAUCUUGAGGUUGAAAGGCCAUGGAACUCAAAGGCCAUGGAACUCAAAGGCCAUGGAACUCAAAGGCCAUGGAGUUAAAGAUAUUACUGACCAAGUCCAUCUCCUCCUAUGAAGGGACAAGGGAAGUUACCGAGGGUAACAGAGC